GGCGAGUAUCGGCGUCCAAAGACCGUUUGCGGCAUGAUGCUCCUUGCACCCGUUGCCGCGGCUGGGCUCUCCACGGCCGUCUUCUCGCUCCGCCCCGCGCUGCAGCGCGCCCGGCGCGCCCCGCCCGCGGCGAUGCUCAUCGAGGACCAGUUCUAUCCGGACGACGACGCAGGUGCCGAGGGCCUACCUGACUCGCUUUUCGGCGAUGACGACAGCCUCGACCUGGGUCUGGUGAGCAUGCCGCUCCUGCAGACACCCGCGCAGGCCUCGUUCCAGCGCUUCCGCGAGCGCAUGCAGCAGCGGCGCGGCGGGCCGCAGCUGGGCGUCAACGGCGAAGACAACCCGAUCGGCCGCUGCAUCCUUGGGGAUGCUGACCCGGCCGCAGGGACGGAGGGCGGGAACGACUUGGGCUUCUCGCUGAAGGAAACCAUCUUUGACAGCGGUGACGACGUCUUUGGCAUCUGAAAGACGUCUGGCGAUCCACGGCAAGGGACUGCCGAAGACGCAGCAAGUUCCUUGGCGGGGGCAUGUGCCAUGUCUGGAGCUCUGCCAAGCAAUUGCGCGCUAGCGCCUGUACUCUCCAUGUGGUGUAUAGUUUUCCUGCUGUAUUAUUCGAAAGUACCAUGAGAGGGGC